UCCGAAAUAGCUGGGGAGUGUUGUGGAAUGGAGUACUGGCCAAUCAGGGGAAGAUAUAUUAAUGGUCGACUUUAUAACAUUAUGCAAGUUGCAAUGUAGUGUUCAUUUACAGUUUUAAUGAGAGCUGAUGCUGAAAAAUGCAGAAUACUCUCUCUCUCUCUCUCUCUCUCUCUCUCUCUCUCUCUCUCUCUGGAAGUGAUGAGUGUUAAACACAGAGCAUUGUUCAGUCAGUCAGUCAUUACGGGGACAGUAUGGAGUUCAGGUCACUCUCUGUAAUACUCUUGCUGAUUGUCCUCAUCCACUGUAGACAAACCGAAGAGAGACCAAAAGCUGUGGUGUCCAUACAGCCUGAUGAACAUGUGUUUAUAGGAAAGACUGUCACUCUCAGAUGUGACAAACAGGGAGGAGGAGACACUGAGUGGAGCUACAGCUGGACAAGGAAUGAUCACACAUCAUACAUAUUCAGUGCAGCACAGGAAGUUACAUAUAGCCCUGUUACAGAGUCUCACAGUGGAAAAUACACCUGUAGAGGAGCAACACACUCACAGUCAUCAGAGAUCAGUGAUGCUGUUACACUGACUGUAUCAGAUCUACCCAAACCUACACUGACUGUAAAACCAGAGAGUCCUGUGUUCAGUGGAGAGUCAGUCACUCUGAAGUGUGAGAUUAUCACUCAUGAUGGAUGGACAUAUCAGUGGUAUAAACAGAAUAAACAGAGUAGAUGGACUGCAGUGUCUCAGUCUGUGUAUGACACUGUAAACAGAGACACUCUCACCAUCAGAGAAGAUGCUGUGAUUAAUGGAGAUCAGUAUCAGUGUAGAGGAGAGAGACUUUACAGACCAACAUCAUCACAGUACAGUAACUCUGUUACUCUCACUGUAAAGGCUUUACCCAGAUCUACACUGACUGCAGAGCCCAAAUGGAGUCCUGUGUUCACUGGAGAGUCAGUCACUCUGAAGUGUGAGAUAGAGUCUCACAGUAACUGGAGAUAUCAAUGGUAUAAAGGCAGCAGUAGAACUGCAGUCAGUCAGUCUCAGACAAACACCUUCACCAUCAGAUCAGCGGCAGAUCAGGAUCAGUACUGGUGUAGAGGAGAGAGAAAUAACAGACCCUCAUCAUCACAACCCAGCAAUCCUGUUACUCUUGCAGUGAAAGCAGAAAAACCUAAACCUGAACUCACAUCAAGCCAUUAAGGAGCUGCACUGAUAGGAAAUCCAGUGGUUCUGUACUAUAAUCUGGAUCAGUCUGCUGGAUGGAAGUUUUACUGGUCCAAACACACACAGAACCCUGAGAAUGAGACCAAGACUGAAACUCGCUCCUACACCAUCAGCUCAGUCAAUGUCUCUGAUGGAGGACAGCACUGGUGCAGAGCUGGGAGAGGAAACCCAGUCUACUACACUCACUACAGUGAUGCACACUUGAUUAACACUACUGGUGAGUGAUAGAGUUUACAAUCUAUAAAUACUGCAAAAUAUAAAGUCAAUAUAGAAAAUAUAAAGUUAUUAUUUGUGUUGAUGUCAGUGUCAUUUCUUUAGGUAGCACUACCAUGGUCACUGUAGUUAUAAUUCCAGAGUACUGUUGACUUCGCUCUCUCAUCUUCAGUCUAUGAGAGUCAUGUCAAUUCACAAUAACUGGCUUUUGGGGGCUUGAAUUUCAAUCAAGUGAUCCUCAUAUGCUGUUAUAACUGAUCAACCAUUCUGUUGUGAACAGGACACCACCAACAUCUAUACACAACCACUACUUUCUAACAGCCGUCCCUGCUCGAUGUCCAUUCUGGUCAGAUAGUUACAAUCAGCUUUAAUAUCAUCAAACCUUUUACCUGCCAUGUUCUCAUAUCCAACACUAGCACAGUCUUCGCAAUCUGGUGUUGACCAAAGGGACUUCCCUGUUGAGUCCGGAUUCCUCAUGAGGUUUCUUCUUUGCAACCCUAAUUUGCUAUGAAUUUAUUGUGGUGUAAUGUGUUUAGUGCUAUGUUAUACAUUAUUAUCUGGAGUAUUAGACUGGGUCUAAUAGUGGCAUCAGUCCAGCUAUAAAACUGUGUCAGUCCAUUGUUUCACAAGCUGGCUAGGUGUCUGGUACUUGCGCACAAGAAAUAAACUUAAUUUUUACAGACAUACGGCUAG